CGAUUAUACCAGACGACGCUGGUAUUGAAAUUUUCUUCUUUUAUAAUGGAAUUGUCGCCAAACAAUCAAAUCGAGGACAGAAAACCCAUCCUUACAGCCGACGGACUCGUGCAAACCUCCAACUCGCCCUUCGAGCCGACUAUAUCGCAGGAGACGCAGACUUCCAACGGCAUCGGCACCCAGUGCCAGCUGACGGUCGACCAACUGGACAUCGAGAUUCUGCCGAUCAUCUACGACGUGGUGCGCUGCGUGGAAAAGGAUCCACUUGAGAACGCUGUGAAGCUGCGCGAGUCCCAGGACUGCAACCACAAGAUCUUUGAACUGCAGAAGCGUUUUGAGUCCGCGCGCGAGCAAAUAAGGCAGCUCCCCGGCAUCGACUACAACAAAGACGAGCAGUUGCAACGUCUCGAACUGCUGCGGAAUCAACUUAAGCUGAAGCAGCAGCUCAUACGCAAGUACAAGGACACGGAAUUCUAGGGGCACGGCACAGGAGCA